AGUGAAACUGUGUAAAUCGUCUACAACCUAUCGACUCAUUAAAAAACGUUUGUCUCAAAAGCAAACUAACCUAUACUUAUUUUUUUAAUUUGAAUUUGUUUCCUAUUAUGCCUUAUAAAUUCUGUACUAUAUGGUCUAGACAGUAAUAAUAAAUUAUGGAAACCUUACCUGUUUGGAAGAGGAUUUUCCCGGUAAUUGCCUCCAAGAAUCCCCAUGUUACGGAGGAUAUUGUUGAUGAUGUAUUAGAUAUAUGCAAAGAAAAUAUUUUAGAUAUAUUUUUACAGUAUGAAUUCUAUUCAAAAGAAAGUUUUUUAAAAUGGAAACAGAAUCUUGGUGUAAAAGAGAUUGUUUCAGAUGAUGAAAUGUGCAACUUUAUUCAUAAUUUAAGUAAAAAACUGAAUUUAAACACUAAUGGAGUUUGGACAGUACUUUGUAAUUUUUUAAUGUAUGAAUAUUAUGGCAAAGUUGAUGAACUAAAAGGUUUGAUAAAGUUUAAUGCUAAAGUUGAAUUUUUGAUGGAGAACAUAUGGUAUUUCUAUUCUGGAGAACGUAUGUUUUUGAUUAAAACUUUGAGACAUAUUUUGGAAAGUGCUGAAAAUAAAAAUGAUACAUAUUAUGAGAAACUCCAUUCUUUUGUUAAAGAUAUUAGUUUACCUACAUUGUGGAAAAAUGCAGUCAAAGUAUUUGAUAACUUGAUACAUGAAAUAGGAAAAGAUACACUACAUUUAGUACCAGCUGACCUUUUGAAAGAAUGGAUUCAUAGAAACAAUAGAGAACAGCUGGAAGUGUUGUUGUUAUUAUUACAAAUAUUACAAAAUUUAAAAAUUACUGGCCCUGAAUUAGAAAAUACUAUAUCACUUUUUAUCAGACAUGGUUUUGCUAGACAUCCUCUUUAUGCAGACAGUUUAAAAAUAUCAAAACCAGAAGAUCUACUUCAAAUUAAGAACACAGAAAUUGCGAUAGUUUUAUCAAUUUUAAAUAAAUUUUGGGAAUCUCCAGCUGUGGGUAAGACUUUGCCUGCAAAUCUGGAAAGAAAUUUGGAAUUGUUACAAAUACAGGGUGAUAACAGUAUUGUCAUGUUUGGAUGGUCAAUAUUUAAGUUAUCUUGUAAAUGCUUUAAACUUGAAUCAGGCAAAGAACUAGAAAGCUCUCGUUUUAUGGUAGAAGAACUUUUGAAGAAGAAUGUUUUUGAAUCUAUAUAUGAGCUACUUACACAUAGAAUAUUUUCAAAUUUUAAAAGUAGUUCUGUAUCAAACGGCGUAUUCAGAUUAAUAGUUGAGUUUUUGAAAAUCUUUGAUGUUAAUUAUUUCUAUCAACAACCAGGAGCUGUUAAAGUAGUAGCCGAAUUAGUUAAUCAGAGAGGAAUUGUGAUUUUAGAAACCCUAGGAUCAGUUUUUCAGCUAUCAAUGGAGGCAUUUCCUUAUGUGUUUGAACCAUUUUUGGAGCUGUGUAAAUCUCUAUUAUCAAUUCCUAAAAGACAAAACUUUACAAUGAAACUUCUCAAAGCAUUACCAACAUUUUUGGCUGAAAUACCCUAUAUGCACCGACAAAGCAGGUAUAGAAUGACUAAAUAUUUGCAGUUAUUUACCGACAGUGAAUUAUUCAUGAUCCCCAAUGGUACCAUAGUAGAAGAAUUUGUGUAUGGAGGCAAUGAAUUCUCAAAAUUUCACUUUCCCUUUAGUUUUUUUUUACUUAUGGAACAAUUUACAAAAUCUUUGGUAACAAUAAGAUAUGAAAAUAAGCCCGAUUGGCAUUGUCAUAAAAAUUUGAUGAAAGUAGUUCAAAUUGGGUUUCAGUGCAUACACCAUAUUUUAAAGUUAUAUAAAGGAGAUUAUAGACGUGAUGUUGAACUCAGAACUCUGGUGCAGAGAUUAGAAAUAGUUCCUACACAGUUCUGUGAAGAACCUCUUAAAAAUUCGAACUUUAUCCUAUUGUACUUUUCUAUUAAUUGUACUUUAAUAAAGAGAGAGUUAUUGGAUUAUACCGAAGCUUUUCCCCCAUUAUUACAAAAAAGUUUCAUGCCUCACAUUAUUAGUUAUACCAAAAGGAACAGAGACAGUUUGUUUAGUCAGCUACAUAACAAGUCAUUAUUGUAUAGGGCAUUAAAAGAUGAAGAAAAUGAAAAAACUCAUAAAUUACUUAUUGAGUAUUUGGAGCUAGUUAAUUUUAUGAUUGAGAAAAAUCUUUACCACCAUGAAAUACAAUUAGCUGGAAUAUGGUAUAUAUUGACUAAUACCUUUCCUCUACACCAACAGUGGCACUAUGAAGAUUCAUACGAGCAAACUAGAAUUACAAAACUCUGUAUUUCUAUGUUUAUUGGUGUUCUUAAACGUCAUCUAUUAAAAAUAGAAAAAGAAUCUGCUGUUAUUUUUGAAAUGGUUACAGACGCUUUCUAUCAUGAAGAAAUUACUGUUUCAAGCUUCAUGUCAGUAUUUUCCAAAGAUAAGUUUUAUCUUCAAAAUUUACUGGAAUCGGAAAUAAAUUGGACUAAUGGGCCAGCUUUGGAAAGCUUGGAAUGUUUAAGAUUGCAAGUAGUACUACUAUUAUUAUUAUAUAAACAUAAGAUAAAAAUGGAGACUGGGAAAAACCUAUUAGAUGAUAAUGUAGGUUUUUUUGCCAAAGCAGUAACACCAUAUAUCAUUAAUCCUUAUUCACUCUCAUUAAGAAAAUUAUCCUGCAAAUGUUUGGAGCUUUUGUCGCGGGAUGAGAAUAUUCCAUUAAUGGCACUGUUGGGACUAGAUUAUGACCAAGUACAAAGGUUAUAUUUAGAUCGAUUAAGAGACUCUACAGAAGAUGAUGAUUUGAAAUUGCAAAUUUUGGAUCUCAUUGGUACUUGUAUCAUUCAUCAACAUGGCAUGACAGCUGCUUUCUUCAAUGUUAAGCGAUCUAGAAAAUGGUAUAGUGAUAACAAAGAUAAAACCAUUGAAGGAGAUACUGUCACUGAUUUUAUGAUAGAUUAUCUAAAGAAUAUAAAAAAAUCUCCGGUAUAUUUAAGGAGUCCCCUUCAAAUAGGAAUACUGCAUAUAAUGACUAACUUGUGGUCCAGUAGAAAAAGACACUUAAUCGAUGAAGUAGUAAAUUUAGACCAGUUCUGGCCGUUGUUGAGUAAUCCUUGGUAUAGAGAAUUUGAUCAGUUACCGAAAGUGUAUGCUUACAUAUUAAAAAUAUACAGCAUUCAAUUAGUGGAGAUAGACAAAGAUGAAAAUUUUUUGAGUUCCAUCGAGAAGUUCAUCACAGAUAAAAAACAAGUUAAAAGUUGGGUAGAAUAUUUGAGAUCCACUUUCAGAGAACCUACAAAUAUUAUUGAGGAGAUUGAGGAUAGACAAUAUUUGUUGAAAUCUUGGACAGAAUUCAUGAUAGUGCUGGAAAAAACUAAGGAGUUGAAAAAAUUUGAUGAUGUGAACAAGUUUGAAUUUAUAACCAUGAGUUUAGAUGGAUUAACCUUUCCUCUGGUUAAUACUUAUUGCUUAAAACUCUGGAUGGAUUUAGUACUUCUUCAAAUUUCUUAUUGGGAAAUACCUCCUGUGGGCGAUUCAAGAGUAUUGGCCGAAAAAACAAUCAAUGCACUUUCUAUUAUAAAAUUAUAUUACUGCGAUAUGGAACAUUCAGCACGGUUAGCAGUACUUACAGUAAUUCAAGAGAUAACAGAAAAUCUCCAAGACUACUUUCAGUCGUCUUCUCCCAAUUUAUUCAACCUUCUAAUGCACUUUGGUCCAAUGUUUGAUUAUGAGUACCAGUUAGUGGAAGAAGGGCAAUGGAAAACUACUCAAGAUGUUUUUGAUACUGCUAUUAGGGAACAUCUUCUUCCUUGGAUGAUGUGUGUUAGAAUCGUUAGUGAUUUAUUUAAGCUUACUAAUAUUGAAGAAAUCAGUUGUUGGUUUACUUAUAGAAACCUAAUUGAAAAAUUGAUGAGUUCUACUUGUGAAUUUAUACAAUACCGACCAACGAUGUCAUUAGCUAAAGUCGUAAUUUAUUGCUUGGCUUUAUAUGCUGGUUCUCCACUGUACUUAGAUUUUUUGGGUAAGAGUAUGAAUGACUUUUUAGUGAAAUUGGACACUUCUAUUACUCCACUUUUGCUAGGACACAAUAAUAAGAUCAAUCCAAUGCAACUUGAAGAAGGCUGGGUAACUAGCUCUCUAUUUAUUCAAUUCCUAACAGCUUACUUCAAAUCUCUACAGUACCAGGCGUUACCAAAUUGUUAUACUUUUAUAAUACUUAGUGAACAUAUUUUGGGACAUAUCUUCAACAUCCUCCAGACUACUGUCGCUUUAAAAGCUUUGGAUUUAGUUAUAAAUACUUUAGUACUAUUUGAUUCUAUGUUAGAAAAAUGGCGACUAGAAUGGUAUAGAAAAUCAAAUGCAACAUAUCAAUUUGUAAUAAAAGGAGUCAAAAAUAUAGUGAAUGCAUGCUUAUACACUAUUUUGAGGCCAAAAAAUAUUAUUGUACACAUUUUGGAUGAAACUAACCGAUUAAUACAAUUAGAAAAAUAUCCUGUAGAACUGAUGGUAGCUAUAGUAAAUAGGUUGGUAACAGCUAUAGGGCUGGGUUUUUCAAUUUUAUAUAGGAUUAAUCCAGGUCUAACGGAUCUUUUAGACCCAUAUUUACCAGACACAGUUGUUAGAAUAAUAGAGAAUGAUUUUAGCGUACCAACAUUUGAAUUGCCCAUAUCCAACAACUUGACAUAUGGAAUGUUGUUGUGCUUAGCUCACUUUUUAUGUAAAACAUUAGAUGUUUUGAAAUUAAAUAAAAAACAUAUGACUUCCAGCGUUCCCUCAGAAUAUUUCACAAGAACUUUUGGUAUGGUAGAACACCAAGGUUUAUCUGACAAUAUUCCAACGCAAAAACUAAGUGCCUUCUUACGACAUGCCAUGUACGAAUAUUCUGGAUUGGCAGAUCCUUGGAUACAAGAACUAGAUUAUAACCGAGUCAAAGACUCUUUAGAAAUUCUAAUGAUGUUUUUAUCACAGCAAAUAUUUUUAGAUAUACAAAUUCCUUCAGAAAACUCAUCUUAUUUUAUACGUAAUCUUAGCUCAGAACUACAGUUCUUUUAUGAACACGUCAAGAGAAUGACUUCAUCGCACUUAGCUUCUAAGCUGAAUUCUAUGUCACCAUCUUGUCAAUCAGAAACUGACAUUUUGAAGAAAUAUUUGAUCCAUCACAAAGAGACCGAAUGUUUUGAAGAGGUAGUGGAUACGAACUUUUGUAUAAUUAUUUCAAAUUGGUUCACAAACAUAUGCAAACUAAAGUAGUGUUUUUAUAUAAUUUAUAUUAUUGAUUUUGUUAAUAUAAACCUUUCUUAUUAA